AUGGAGAACGAUCAACUUCUCGCUCGAGGCGAGACAAAUCAGUCUACAGUACAGACUCGUCGUCGUACGGGGUAUUCAACCUUGGAAGUUCACAACGAACCUAUAUUAGCCAGUGAUAACGAAUGGCCAGAGGAUGAGCAGCCGAAAGACAAUGAUGCUGACACCCGACCACAAUGGAGACAACCGACUAUCUACUGGUUGCUCCCAUUCGUGCUGCUCUACACUGUUGGUUUCGGUGGUCUCACCGUACCCAAGAUCAAUCUGACAACCGAUUUAAUAUGUCGUGAUUAUUUCGACAAAGAAAACCUCCACCACCCCAAUCCCUCAUAUUCUCCUAUUGUCCCUGGCGAAAACAAUCCACGAUGCAGAACACCCGAAGUUCAAUCUAAAGUCGCCCAGUUCGAGCUCUACAUGAACCUCAUCAUGGGCACAUUCGCAGCUUUGGUGAGCCCCCGACUAGGCCGUUUAUCUGAUAGCUAUGGCCGAACCAAGAUUAUCGCUCUCUGUGGAUUUGGUACUGCGUGUAGCGAGCUGGUGACCUGUAUCGUGGGCACAUGGUCCGACAAAUUACCCGUCAAUCUAUUAUUGCUUGGAUCGCUGCUGGAUGGUUUGAGCGGCUCUCUCACUGGAGCCCAGGUGAUUCUCCAUUCCUAUGCCACUGAUUGUACAACUCCUGAACGCAGAAGUGUGGCAUUCGGUUUAUUCCACGGUGCUCUAUUCUUAGGAGUCGCAGCUGGCCCAAGUGCAGCCGCGUAUAUCAUCUAUAAGACCGGGACUCCGCUGAUUGCGUUUUACCUGGGCACACUACUACACCUUAUCUUUGCGUUCUCUGCCUUUUUCAUUAUCCCUGAGUCUCUGUCUAAAGCUUCUCAACUUGCGGCUAGAGCUAGAGAUAAUUUGAAAUCAGUCGGUGAAUCAACUGGAUUUUCAUGGAGCAAUCUCAACCCAAAGAAUUUAUUUACUCCUCUCGCUAUCCUCUACCCACCUGUCGGACACCCGAGCGUCUUAUUUCCCAAUCGCAAGGGAGCCAGUCCCGCUCUGCGUCGGAAUAUCGUCAUGCUGGCUAUGAUGGACACCGUUAUCUUCGGUGUCGCUUUGGGAGCGGUGCAGGUUAUCGUGAUGUAUGCGCGAUACUCGUUUGGUUGGGGCGACGUCGACACGAGUUUGUACGUCGCGUUCGUGGGUAGCAUCCGUACGAUUGUCUUGUUCGUUAUUUUGCCGCUUACAUCGUGGUAUUUCCGCAAACCGACUGAGCACGACGGCAAGAUUCAUGGCUGCGAUGAGUUUGAUAUAAAAAUCAUUCAAGUAUCCACAGUGCUGGAUAUUCUUGGCUUUAUCGGCUAUGCAUUGUCGAGAACGGGUACUGUUUGGGUUGUAUCAGGCACAGUUGCUUGCCUUGGUUCAAUGGGUCCUCCUACUAUCCAGUCCGCAAUCACUAAGCAUGUGCAUCCCAAUGAAGUUGGGCAGUUGCUUGGCGCAACGGGUCUUUUACAUGCCCUCGCACGAAUAGUUGCCCCGACUGUCUUGAAUUUGCUCUACAGUUUAACUGUUGGACCGUUCCCUCAGGCGGUUUUCGUCGCACUGUCAACUACCUUCGGUUCUGUGUUCCUUCUGAGCUUUUUCAUUCGCCCUCAUGUUUCUCUUGAUGACGAGCCGGAACGUGAUGUUGCAGUUGAGGCUAACGAAGAGGACGAAGACGAGAGGGACCCAUUCCUUUUGACAAGUUAA